GCUUCGCACUAGUCGUGCUUCGCACCAGCCCUCCGCUCGCCCUGCCCACUCGCUCAGCUCCCUCACCCGCUCCCCUCAACCCCGUUUGCGCAUUCGCUUCAGGCUGAGGUGUUCGAGGAGAUUGCCACAAUGGAGCUCCCCUUCGAGGGCAUCCCCACGGUGCCGCCCCGCAAGGACCGAGCCCACAUGGUGUUCUUCUGCGGCGGCUGCCGCUACCGGGUCACCGCCGCACCCGCCUGGAGUGUGGGGCGCGUCAAGCAGGCGCUGUGGGCGGGCGGCAUCUCCCGCUCCAACAAGCCACCCGAGCGCCGCGCCACGCCCGGGCUGCAGCGCUGGGAAGACUUGGCACUCAUCUACGCGGGUCAGGUGCUGGACGACAACGACAAGCCCAUGGCUGAAUACCACGUGCCGCCUGGCUGCCAGUGCCUGAUCGCCAUCGAGCGCGCCAAGCUGGAGAGCGGCAAGCCCGACCCCGACUCGGCCUACUGGAACUGAUGGCUAGGCAACCCGCCAGCGGGCAGGAUGAGCGGCGAGCGAGGACACAUGCAAGAAAGGGCGCGGUGUCGAGGGGCGGGAAUGGAACCUCACCAGGAAGUAAGGGCUGUCAGGACAGCACUUGCGUCCCACCCAGCGCGGUAGGCUCCAUGCACGCCCUGUUCGAUCGACAAUGAACGCUGCCGCGGCUUAGUGCCGGCGCGGGCGGGCCCCCGCGGGUCGUCUGUGGAAUCCGGCUCCCAACGAAUGCCAGCUGCAGGCACCGCGCAAUGCUGCGCUAGCUAAAACUAGAUAAUAUGCACGUCAAGGGCGGUCACGGCGGCAGUCACAGUAAAUGCUUGGCCAGCGCCCCCGCCCGCAGACCUUUCCCUCUCUGGCUCAGCCCCGCACGCCUGUAUGUUUCUAUUAUGGAGCCUUUUGUUGAUGAGCUUGCUCACAGAUUGCGCCAAGUCCUGGCUUGAUUCCGCGGGCGCAGUCUCAAGUCUAGGUCCUACUGUUUCACUUCCUCCCACAUAGAGGGAGCACAAGGGUAAAUAGCUACAUACAGACGUGUGAUAGCAACAGUAGCGCGCGUGUGAUGAGGGAGAGAAAGCUGCCGUUUACUUGCCCAACAAGAGGUGCGCGGCGCCAGGUGAUUUUCAAGAAUGUUCUUGCGCUUUCGGAAUAGGUACUUGUGCCCUGCAUCCAGGCUAGGCAGACAGCUGUCAUACGCAGAGGAAAAGGGGUUUGGGUUCAAGACCAGCAGCCAGCCAGCUAUGAAGUUGCGCGCGCUGCAGCUACGUAUAGAGUAUGCAGCAGUUUGUGCAGCUAGCACAGGUUCCUGGGAGUGCGGCAAGUUCCAAACGGGAUGGCCAAGGGCCCCAUGCGCAGGGGCAAGUCCUUAGAGCUCAGGAUAAC